GACGAGGACGUGCAGAGGGACUCAUACGCGAGGCGGACGAUGGGCUGGCGGGAGGCGGAGGGGGCGGAAGGGGCGGAGCAUCCGAGUCGGAGACGACGAGCGACGGGAACCGGUGGAUACGCAGCUACAACAGCCGUGCAAGGCGAGGUGUGGCGGGCUCCCCAACGAGCAAGGGGAGGGCUGGGACGGAGAGCGCGUGUCGACGCCGGAGCGGGCUGCGACGAUGGAUCGAAGGAAUCCAUGCACUCCGCCAUGAUACAUCUGCGACCUCAACACGACGUUAACUACGACUAUGUCGCGCCGCCGCUGCUGCCGAAGCCCGCCCUCUACUUCCCGCUGGCCUCUCGCCAGUCCGCCCUCGCCGCCUCGCUGCCUACUCUUCAACCAAGCACGACGCCCGGCUCGGCACCGCAGUCCCUUUCCGCAACGUCAAACACGCGUGUGUCACGCAUCCUCGCAACGUGAACGCGACCUUGCCCUCUUCACUCCUCGCCUGCCGCUGCCUUCCCAGCACCCCGGGUUCCUUUCAGGCAAGGAUUCUCGCACGCCCCGGCUCGUCGUCCACCCCUCAGUACCUCCCCGCCGCGCUUCCUACGCUUCCUCGACAAGUCUCUCUUCCGCACCAUCGUGCAACCCCGAUACCGCCCCACCCUCGGUCAUGUUCCCAGCAACCCGGACGCGACCCUCGUAUGCUAUACACAACACCGGGGCUCUGUGCCGUCCUACAGGUAUGUCCCUGCCCCCUCGAGUCUCUCCGGCUAUCCCCGCUCCCCUACUCACCCACGCGUCUCCGACGUUGGCCACCCCGCCACGCAGGUUGCUCGUCGCACCCCGGUUGAUACGCAACGACCCUGCACGUCGCGUGCUGCGCCCCCGCUACUACACUACCCCUGUCUCCGUGUAUGCGGGGCGGAGCUGUGCGCGUCCAUGCUGCCGGUCGUACGCGUAGCUUCCCAGUCCCGCUGGCGGUCUGCGGGUCCGGCUGGCAGCUCGUACGUGUCACGAGGCGGCCACGUCCGUCGCUCCGUGGCGAAGCAGAGAUGGUCAUAUAGGGAGACACGGCAGGACGACGCAUCUGCCUACGUAGCAGGUUGGCGCAACGCGACUACGCAACCACACGCAACCUCCGUGACAAGGUUUGUAGGGCGCGAAAGAAGACACAUCACCCUCAACUCCUGUUUAGCGUACAGGUAUCGUUUU